AUGAAGACUAGCAUUCCUAAGAAGUUCCUCAGUCGCCGCGAGAAGAAUGGUCACCGUCGCAAUAGAUCGUCCGACCCGGCCCAUAAGCAACACCGUCCUCUAUCAGCCGAAGCUUUUUUUUCCAUAUUCAAACCAGAAUUUCGACAGUCUACGAGUGCCGAUACAGAGCGAGCCAAGAUCGACGACAUACGACGGCGAGUUGCCGACCUAGACUUUCCCAUCCUAAGCGACGAUCAGAUUCGAUAUGUACUUAAUUCUAAAUAUUCCUCCGGCGAUGUCGAAAAGGCUAUGGAGCUGCUGCUAUUACAGCAUGUCUCCCUCUCCGGCAAGAUUAUCAGUUACAACCCAGCAGUCCACAUGCUCGGAGCCGAAAAUCGAGGGAAUGUGACCUGCUAUCUCGAUGCACUACUUUUUGCUAUGUUUGCUAAGCUUGAAUCGUUCGAGUGCAUGCUCAAGAGCGACUCUAUGGAUGAACCGCAGAGGAAGUUGGCGGCGCUGUUGCGACUUUGGGUGAACAUGCUGAGGAGCGGGAAGUUGAUCGAAACCGAUAUGACCCAGCACAUUCAGGACGCCUUGGCUGCAUGUGGUUGGAGAGAGGCACAAUUACUAGAACAGCAGGAUACAUCCGAAGCCUUCGCAUUCAUUACGGAGACUCUUCAACUUCCUCUCCUCACUUUACAAGUCGACUUAUUUCAUCAGGGAAAAAACGACGACGCCGAUCACAAAGUCGUAUACGAAAGACUCUUGAACCUUGCUGUACCGCCGGAUAACAAUGGAAAAGGGAUCAGAUUAGAAGAUUGUUUAGAAGAAUACUUCAAUUCCCAGGUCGAUGUUUUAAGGGACAGUCUAGAGGAGACAAAGGCAGAAGAACGAUUUGAAACGAUACCAUACUCACAACCCCUCGAUACUCCCAAUGAACCCAAAAGUACGAUUCGAGUCGUUACCGAGGAAGAUCAGGAAGAAGGCGUCACACAGGAAGAAGGCGUCACACCUGAAUCCGAGCAUGGCCCACAUCUAGAGCGAAGGUGGACAAUAGCCCAAGAGUUUCGUCUCUCGGACCUUCAAACAGAUUCCGAAGCGGAAGCUUCAGGGCCUCAGACAAUUUUACGACCACGUAGGAGUCGAACUGGAAGUCUAAUACAGCGAGUUGUGGUCGAUGAGCAGGGUAAACCGUCUGAAUCCGAUACCGCUAGUUUGUUUCAGAGAGCCAAGCACACAGAAUCGGUUGUUAGAGCUGUGACAAUACCUGCUUGGCAAUUCUUUAGACUUAUACCGUGGCAUUCCCCUGCGAAUAAGGAACCAAAGAGCGACCUGGAGGUCGCACGGCAUUUUAGUCAACGGCCCGUGGUCGGGAUCUGCCUGAAACGAUAUAUGAUGGAUAUGAGCGGCAACAUGAAGCGGCAGAACACGUAUAUCGAUAUUCCCGAUAGCUUGAGGUUGCCCCAUUUCAUUGUUGACGAAAGACAUGUCCAAGAAAGCGGACUUGCUACUGAGUACAAGCUUGUGCUUCAAUCUGUGGUCUGCCACCGCGGAGAUUCGCUACAUUCCGGCCACUACGUCUCUUUUUGCCGCGUGGCCCCUAAGCUCCUCACUGAUAAUCGCAGACAUGAUAGCGACCCGCCUCCAGAUUAUGAAGAGGCACAGUGGGUCAAAUUCGAUGACCUUGCGAUUGAAAAUCGGGUAACCCUUGUUGAUGACAUAAAGGAAUCACUCAAGGAAGAGAUGCCUUACUUACUCUUCUAUCAGAUUGUCCCGAUAGUGGAGGUGGCAGCCAGCUCGACCGCAAGCACAGACAUAGAGCCGCCGUCAUACGAUGACGCGGCCCUCAACUUGACUAGUUCAGGAAGUUCAGCGGCACAAAGUCAGGAGAGACUCUCGGGCUCCCGUCGGCCAAGCAGCUACUUUGAUAACUUAGCUCCCCAGCCGGCGGCCAACGGUGGGAUACGCUUUUCGGCGGACUUAGAGCCGCCGCCACGUCGCAGCUUUGCGGAUGAAGAUGGAUUUCUUAGCGUAUCCCGACGAGGCAGCGUCUACAACGAUUCCGGCAUCCCGAGCCCCGCGGCAGUAUCAGAGGGACCUUCACCAGCCGUCACACCUGGGGAGGAGACCACGGCUCAAAGGCUCAGCCGGGCCGCUGCGAGAUUCAGAGGCGGUAAUAAAAGCAGACCCCAAAGUCAAGCUGGUGAGGGCCGCAAGAGCUUGUCGGUUACCAGAUUCGGGGUCUUUAUAAAAUCAAGCAAGGAACCACUACGGGACUCGACAUCAAUGGAAGUUGAAGAUGACUACGAAUUCGUCGAAAACAUUGAAAAAGAACGCAUAAAAGAUAAUGAUGCAGAUAUCACACCUACACCGAAAAAAGGGAAGUCAAAGUCCGACAAAGGCAAGGGGAAGGAUAGUAAGAGAAUAAACAUGCCAGAUAGGGAAUGCAUUGUUGGAGCCGUGGUGUAA